AUGGCAUCUUCUACUCGAAACGGCAACGUCAAUGGCAGCGUAGCAGCCGGCCAUCCUACCAGCAAGAGGUUCUCCGAUGUUCCGCCCUCCAUCGACGUUCCUGUCCAGGACGAGGACGAAGCCGUCGAGAUCAACCUAGAAGAUCUCGUCGACGACCCAACAGAUCUUUGCGACCUUUUCGAGAAUGAAAAUGCAGCGCGCACCUAUUGGAUGGCAGUUGCGCUUGCUUACGCAAAGCUGCACAAGAUCGACUGCGCUAUCGAGGUUUUAACCCGCGGUGCCAGCGCAAUGCAAAACCACAACCCCAGGGAGAAGCUUGGCAUUGUCAGUUGUUUAUGCUGGAUGUACCUAUGGAAGAGCAGGGAAGCCCCUCGGGUUGCGCCUGAGGGCGCUCUGGCCUCCGAGGUCAAGACCAAGGAGCACUACCUGCAGCUCGCCAACACCACAUUCAACGAAGCAUCGCGCAUCAAUCCGGCAUUCCCUCCGCUCUUCCUCGCGAAAGGUGUGCUCUACCUUCUCAGGGCAUCGCUUCAGACAUCUGUAAAAUCCGGGCAAACAGGAUCUGUGGAUGCAGCCAAAGCUGGACUGUUGGGUUCGGCCCUGAAGUCAUUCGAGGAUGCGCUGCGCGUUUCUCAAGGCAAGAACAUGCUGGCGCUGAUGGGCAAGUCAAGAGCACAAUUUUCGCUUGGAAAGUAUGCUGAAGCCCUUGCGGGAUAUCAGGGUGUGCUCCACAGGAUGCCAGAAAUGGUCGAUCCUGACCCUCGACUGGGCAUCGGCUGUUGCUUCUGGCAGCUGGGCCAUAAGGACGAUGCUAAGGCAGCAUGGGAGCGCUGCCUCGAGAUUAACCCGGAAUCCAAGAUUGCCAACAUACUCGUUGGUCUAUAUUAUCUCGACCAAAGCGGCCAAGUCCCUACCAACAGCCCAGAGUUUAUCAGGCUCUACAAAAAGGCCAUGACAGAGUACACACAAAAGUCGUUUAAGCUCAGCAAGGACCUUCCUCUCACAUGCGCAACCUUUGCUGGCUACUUUUUGUCAAGAAAAUCGUUCGCCAACGUUGACUCCUUGGCACACAAAGCCAUCCAAUACACCGACGUGAAUGCAAUUGCCAGCGAUGGUUGGUACUUGUUGGCACGCAAAGAACAUUACCAGGGCGACACUGAAAAGGCGAGCGACUACUAUCGGCGAUCUGACGAUGCCAGAGGUGGCCCAGAUCGCGGCUAUUUGCCCGCGAAGUUCGGAGUAGCUCAGCUGUCUGUUGUCAAGGAGGAUUACGGUGAGGCCAAGUUGAGGCUCGAAAAGAUGAUCCAGCAGUCGCGCAAUUACGAGGCUAUGAUUCUGCUUGGAACUCUUUAUGCAGAGGAGGUCUUUGCUACUCAGUACGCGAAUGUCAAGGAGGACAAGUCGGCCGAGAUCAAGAAGGCCAUAAGCCUGCUGGAGGGAGUGAGGACAGCUUGGAAGGACACCAAGAAGAACCUUACUCCUGAUGCGGCUGUACUCCUGAACCUGGCACGUCUAUACGAGACUGAGCAUCCGGACAAGGCUUUGCAGUGUCUGCAACAGGUAGAACAGUUGGAAAUCGAGCAGAUACCCGACUCGGAUCGUCCUCAAGGCAUCGAAGACGAGUCGCAGCUGAAGGCCGCUGUCCGCAAGCUUCUGCCGCCGCAGUUGUUGAACAACAUUGGCUGCUUCCACGCCCAGAACGAAAGGCAUGAGGCUGCCAGUGACAUGUUCGAAGCCGCGCUCGGGGCUUGCAUGCGAAUCCAGGAAGGGGAUGACCAGAUGGACACAGACGCGCUGGUCACAACUAUCAGCUUCAAUCUUGGUCGGAGCUACGAGUCUCGUGGCCUAUGGGACCAGGCCAUCGAAGUCUACGAGGGCUUACUCAAGCGUCAUGAUGACUAUACGGACGCAAAGAUUAGACUUGCAUACAUCAAGCUGAGGAGAAACCCUCAGAAGGAGGGUCCAGAUGCCGUAGCCAAGUUGUAUCAGGAGAAUCCUGCAGAUUUGGAAGUGCGCGCUCUGUACGGAUGGUACUUGGGCAAAGUUCACUCGAGGAAACGGCCUGCAAACAUUGCCGAGGACCCGGAACUGCGGCACUACAAGCAUACCCUGCAGCACUAUGACAAGCACGACUGCUACGCGCUAGUGGGCAUGGGGAACCUUUAUCUCAUGUCCGCGAGGGAGAUGCGGCGGGAGACAGACCAGGACAAGUCUAGGCGCAGCGCUACUUACAGUAGAGCAGUUGAGUUUUUCGAGAAAGCUCUGCAACUGGACCCCCGGAAUGCUUAUGCCGCUCAAGGCAUUGCUAUCGCUCUGGUUGAGGACAGGAAAGACCACAAGAGCGCUUUGCAGAUAUUCUUGAGUGUCCGUGAUACUAUCAAGGAUGCUCAGGUUCUUGUCAAUCUUGGCCACAUCUUUGCUGAGCUUAAGCAGUUCACAAAGGCAAUCGAGAAUUACGAGGCAGCUUUGGCAAAAGAGGGUAAAGCCAACGACCCGAGCAUUCUUGCCUGCUUGGGCAGGACGUGGCUAAACAAGGGACGUGCCGAGAGGGACCUUGAAGCCUACAUGAAGGCGCUCGACUGCGCAAAGAAGGCUCUGAAUGUGGCUCCCGAGCAGGUCCACUUCAAGUUCAACGUGGCUUUCGUACAGAUCCAGCUCGCUACCACUAUCUAUGGUCUCAGCGAGACUCAACGAUCACUUGAGCAAUUGCAGGACGCCGCGACUGGACUGGAAUCUGCUAUCACGGCUCUGGAUGAGCUUGCCGCACAUCCCCAGACUCCUUAUCCAAAGCAAGACGUCGAGCAGCGUGCCAACAUGGCCAGGAACACGCAGAGGAAGCAACUCGAGAGGGCCAUUGCUAGCCAGAAAGAGUACGAGGAGAAGAACAAAGAAAAGCUGGCCGCGGCGCUGGAACUGAGACAGGCAGAGCUGAGGAGACGUGAGGAGGAGAAGCAAAAAGCGCUCGAGGCAGAGCGUGAACGUCAAGAGAAGAUCCGCAAGGAGCGUGAAGCCAUAGCGGCGCGCGACCGCGAACUUGCCGAAGCGAGGUACAGAGAGCAGUUGGCCAAGGAAGAGGCCGAGAUGACGACCGACGGAGAGACGGGCGAGAAGGUCAAGCGCAAACGCAAGGCGGCAGGAGGAGGCGGCGGCGGCAAGUCUGGAGAGUCACGCGGCGCCAAGGGAGGACGAUCAUCGCGUAAGAAGAAGCCCACCACCGAAGACGAACAGUCAGACGUGGACGAUUCCGAAGCAGAACAACGCCAGCCCAAGAAAAAGCGACGCCUUACCCAAAACAAGAAGGAACAUAGCACCAAGUACAAGUCAGCAGAGAUUGUUGUCGACAGUGAUGAGGAUGAAGACGAGUACGAUGCCCUCGACCGGGCCGAGCGCAAACUCGAUAACAGUCGUCUGUCUACACCAGACUCAGAUCUUGGCGAGGCGGCUGGCGGCAGACAGAGUGACGACGAGAACCGCAUGGAUGUGGACAAGAGUGGCGGCGCAAGCGGGGAUGCCGAUGAUGACGACGGCGCUGCUACUUCACGUCCCAAACGGUCGCGAAGAGGCGGCCGGGUGCUCGACGAAAGCGAAGAUGAGGACGAAGACGGCACCCCGGGUGAAAAUGGCACCGCGGCUGCAGACACUAAGAUGGGAGACGAUGACGAAUGA